AUGCGCCUCCGACUCGGUAGCGGGCACCACCAACGCGUCCUCUCCGCCGCGUCGGCCUUCGCGACCGCGUGCGGCCGGCGCGCCGCCCGGCGCCCGCGCGCAACGGCGCUGCUCGUGCUCAGUGCGCUCGCCGUGCUAGGCUACUACCUCCUCUACCACGCGAUCUGGGGCCGCCUGGGGCGGUGGUACUGGAACUACGCGGUCGCCGUGCUUCCCUCGGCGCUGUACCGCUUCAUCCCCAAGGGCGACUGGGGACCCAUCGGGGGGCCACCGCGGUUCGUGCCCGAGAUCUACGGCGCGCCGUGGAUGGGCGAGUUUGCGCUGCCGCACCUCACGCCGCCGAUGUACCGCCCCGUGCAGAACACGAGCGCGGAACCCCACCUGCCCCACCGGGGCGUGGCGCUGAGCAGCCCCGCCCUGGUGAAGCUCACAAUCUUCUCGACGGUCAAGCAGAAAGCGUACGAGAAGCGCGCUCUCAUCCGCCGCCUCUCGCCAGUGUUCAACGUCCCCGAGCGCCUCCGCCACCUGAUAGAAGUCAAGUUCGUGCUAGGGCACGCGUACCACGUCGGCGAGGAGGGGUACGAUGACUGGGCCGUCAACGAGGAGAUGGAGGCGCUGCUGGCGCAGGAGCAGGCGACGCACGGCGACCUGCUCCGCCUCGACCUCGAGUUCGGCGAGAACCUGCGCGAGGGCAAGAUCCUCGAGUGGAUCCGCGCGGUUGGGAUGGGGCGGGACGGUGGGAGGCCGGCGUGGUGGCUCUUCAAGAUCGACGACGAUUCCGUCCUCAACCUGCCCAACUUCCUCGACGAACUCCUGUCCCUCGACGCCAGUAAGCCGAUAUACACGGGCACGUCGCUUGCGCGCUGGCCGGCGUACCACCACCACUUUACGGGUAUGGUGACGGGAUUCAGUUGGCCUUUGGUCCGCACGCUCGCAGAAGGUAUCGACAAGAUGAGCCACGACGACAUCAAGGCGGCAUGGGACGACGACUUCGGCCUGCCCCCGGCGCCACACUGCCGCCCGCCAACACACGACCCGAACGGCACCAGCCUCCCAUCCUACUGCGACGUCCGCCGGCCCCCGCCAAACGGGUACACCUACUCCCCUCCCGCGACCGACCCGCGCACGGGGCUGAUACGGCACGACCUCCUCCGGCGCCUGGGCGACCCCGACGUGUGGUUCGUCUCGGGCGACCUCGCGUGGCAUGGCUGGUGGCUCAAGUUUCCCGAGUACUACGAGCGCAUGUGGGCCAAGACGGUCGAGGGGCGCAUGUGGUCCCCGCCGAGCUGGCUCGAGCAGUAUGCCGAUCCUACGGUGCGCGAGGAGGCGGGCGGGCGGGCGGGCGCGGGCGAAUAG